GCUCUCUCCUCAGCUUCGAAUCCCUCUCUCCUCCUUUAAUGGGGAUGCCUCCAGCCACCGAGGCUCCCAACAACUCUUCCUCCUCCUCUUCUCAUCCGUCCGCCGCGUCUCCGUGCUGCUCUCUCAUGUUCUGCAACUCGCCUGAUAACCUUUAAAACACUCCUCCGACCACCAGAACAAGAAAAAGAUACUGCAAUGGUGUACAAGAACAGAGCUUUUUCUCGAUUUCCAUCGUGUUUCCUACUGAAUGAAUUGGUUUUGCUCGC